GGAAGCCCGUGGCAGUGCAGUGAUUUAAUCCAACGCCAGGGGUAAAAACAUUAAUCCGCUCGAGUCCCCAGCUCUCAGUUUUCUUCUUCGUCACUGUCAAAAGGGGUGAUUUCAAAACCCUCGCUGGCUCCUGCGCUCCAUCGCUCUCCCCAAAGCCGUUCCCUUUCUUCUCUGAUGCAAACCCUAGCUCCCGAUUCGCUCUAGGGUUUGGGGCCCAAUCUAACUCCGUCGCUGUCCGGCAGAUACGUUGAGAGGUUAGGUUUUAGCUUCAAUCCGAUUCGGCUGUGUUGGUGGGCUCUCUGAGAUGGUCACUGGUACGAGAAUGGAAGGUGGGGCUCCAGUUCUGCCAGCUCGAGUCCGCAGCACCAUACAGUCGAUCAAGGAGAUUGUAAAGAACCACUCCGACGCCGAUAUCUACGCCGCGCUCAAGGAGAGCAACAUGGAUCCUAAUGAAACCACCCAGAAGCUGCUCAAUCAAGAUCCAUUCCGUGAAGUCAAGAGCAAGCGGGACAGGAGAAAGGAGACUGCAGCCCAGAAGGUUUCCGUUGAUCAUACAAAUCAUUCUGAAAAUGCUGGCCCUGGGAUAAUAGCUACAACACAACCAGACCAUGUUGCCCACAGGGGAGGCUAUUCUCGGAAUCCUGCUAAUAGUGCUGGUUAUGGGCGCAAGCCUUUACCUGCAAACACAAAUGGACCAGUCAGCAAAGCAUUCCGGGUUAAGCGGGACAACAGAGUGAAUAAUAAUACAAAUGUAGAGAUGAAGACUGCUGCACUGCAGCAUCCACCUUCCUCCAACAAUGAAAUAGCAUCUCAUACUUUUGAACGAGGAUCUGCAGGAAGUUCAAGUAAUCAAAAGCCAGGAGGGCGAGGUUAUUAUCAAGUUUCUAAUCCUCCUAGUGGCAGUUCACAAGAUCGGCAAACCUCACGGCCCAAUACAAGUGGCACUUCAGGAAAAGAAGGGUCAGAGGACUCUACCAAGCUCUCACGAGUUCAAACGGUUAAACCAAUCAGUCCUCAGUCUAGCAAUUCUGUGGUGGGGCUCUAUUCCUCUUCAACGGAUCCAGUUCAUGUGCCAUCUCCUGACUCUAGAGCGUCUUCUGUGGUUGGAGCUAUCAAGCGUGAGGUUGGUGUGGUAGGUGUCAGGCGACAAUCUUCUGAGGAUUCUCUGAAGCGUUCAUCAGGUCCGGGUGCUUCAUCAAACGCACAGUUGAGGAGAGAAUAUUCUCCUUCAGAAUCAUUUCGAUCUUUCUCUGCCAUUUCUAAGACUGACCAACUCGGUCAGCCUGCCGUUGCUCAGUCCUUGGGAUCUACGAUAUCAGGAAACAAAUCAAUGUUAAGUAGUCAGUAUGGAGGCAAGCCUAAUCAGCAAGCUAUGGGCCAUCAGAAAGGUAUUAAGGAAUGGAAACCUAAAUCUAGCCAAAAGUCUGGCGUUGUUAGUCCUGGGGUUAUUGGAACACCUCCGAAAUCUGCAGCAUCUUCUGAUGAAAACUCGAAGGAUGUUGACUCUGAAGCUGCCAAGUUGCAGGAUAGGCUUUCCCAAGUAAACGUCAAUGAGUCUCAGAAUGUAAUCAUUGCACAGCAUAUUCGAGUUCCCGACACUGAUCGCUGUCAGCUGACUUUUGGCAGCUUUGGCAUGGAGUACGAAUCUUCUAGGAACUUGGUUCCUGGAGGAGUGAGAGAAGAAUUAAAUGGGGAAUGUGCUGCAGGGUCAGUUCAAAUUAUUGAUUGUUUAUCAGUAUCAGAUCCAAUCCUGGGGGACCAUGCUUCUAUCAGCAAGCCGGUCGAUUCAAUUGAUGAACGAGUUAGAAAUUCCAGAUCUGAUUCUCCAGCAUCAUCUGCAUCCUCCGAGAAUCUGUUGUCUGAGAAAAGGGAGUCUAAUUCUCAGAGUUUGGACAGUUAUGGUGAUAUUGGAUUGGUUCGAGAGGAUAGUCGUUCCUAUGCUCCUUCAGAGUCGCAUCAGCAACAAGAUUCAUCUGAUAUGCCAAACUUUACGGCUUAUGACCCUCAGGCUGGGUACGACUUACCAUACUUUAGAACCACUGUGGAGGAAGCAGUGCGUGGCCAGAGCUUACAAUCUCCACAAGAGGCCUUAAGCUCACAUGCAGCAAAUAGCAUACCAGCAUCGACUCUACCUGUUGAGCAGCAGCAGCAGCAACAACAACAGCAACAGCAACAACAGCAACAGCAUCCUCAGCCGGUGGCGGCUCAGAUGUACCCACAAGUCCAUGUAUCUCACUUUGCGAAUCUAAUGCCCUACCGCCAGUUCCUUUCACCAGUCUAUGUCCCUCCUAUGGCUGUGCCCGGCUAUUCCAGCAACCCCGCCUACCCCCCUCCUCACCCGUCCAGUGGGAACAGCUAUAUGUUGAUGCCAGGGGCCGCCACUUCCCAUCUCAGUACGGGUGGCCUCAAGUACGGGAUUCAACAGUUCAAGCCUGUCCCGGCAGGCAGCCCCACUGGGUUCGGGAACUUUGCAGGCCCUGCUGGGUAUGCAGUAAAUGCCCCCGGUGGGGUCAUGGGAAAUGCAACUGGGAUGGACGAUUCAUCAAGGAUGAAGUACAAGGACGGCAAUAUGUACGUCUCAAAUCCUCAGGCAGAGGCAUCUGAAAUAUGGAUACAGAACCCGAGGGAAAUCCCUGGACUACAGUCCACUCCUUACUACAACAUGACGGGCCAAUCACCUCAUGCUGCUGCCUACUUGCCCUCACACACAGGCCAUGCAUCCUUCAAUGCGGCCGCAACGCAGUCUUCACAUAUGCAGUUCCCAGGCCUAUACCACCCUCCGCCUCAGCCCACUGCAAUGGCCAGUACACACCAUCUGGGCCCUGCCAUGGGUGGAAAUGUCGGUGUCGGUGUGGCUGCUGCUGGCCCGGUGGCCCAGGUUGGGGCCUAUCAGCAGCCACAGUUAGGCCAGUUCAACUGGACAACAAACUUCUGAGGCGAGCUAUUCUAAUCUUCUAUCUGACCCCACCUUCUGUGUAAGCGAAUGGAUGAAGCAGUAGAUGUCGAAAGAAAGAAAUUUUCGGUAUUCUUGUGAUACAGAUAACCCUAUAAUUAAUUUUCAAUCGAUGCAAUUCAUCUUGCUACGUUCAGUUUCUCCUUUCCAUGUAUGACCAUCUUCUGAUCGGUUCAUAUGUAUAAAAAUCUCAAUUAUAGUUCCCA